AUGGGUUCUGUUCUCUAUGCAGGAGUUUCAAGUGCAGCAAGGGAGGAAGGGCGUGUUCUUGGUACAGCCAGUGCACCCUACUACAUAACACAGAAAGGCCUGCUUAAAAAGCAGCUUCUGCGUACCUGUGGAGCCCUUGUAGUUACUGGCUUUGCAAUCUAUGGCCUUAAGGUUUUGAUUGAUAUGUGUGACGACACAGAAGUUGGUAAAUUUGAUGCUUUGAAACAAGCGGCUGCGGAUUUAAGCACAAAAUUCAGUGACGUAAAGGGGGUCGACGAAGCCAAGGCUGACCUUGAGGACAUAGUUCUCUACCUGCGAGACCCCAAGAGUUUCACUCGCCUUGGUGGCAAGCUUCCAAAGGGUGUUUUGCUUACAGGCCCACCCGGCACAGGGAAGACCAUGUUGGCAAGGGCCAUGGCCGCGGAAGCCGGCGUCCCGUUCUUUGCAUGCAGUGGGAGUGAUUUUGAGGAGGUGUAUGUGGGUCUUGGGGCUAAGAGAGUACGGGAGCUCUUUCGUGUAGCAAAGAAGCGAUCUCCUUGCAUAAUAUUCAUCGAUGAGAUCGACGCCGUUGCUGGACGCAGACAUGCAUCAGACCCGUCGUGGCAGAGGCAGACCAUGAACCAGCUGCUUUCUGAGAUGGAUGGCUUCAGGCAGAAUGAAGGGAUAAUCGUGAUCGCAGCGACAAACUUCCCGGAGUCGCUAGAUAAAGCCAUUGCUAGGCCUGGGCCCGGCGUCCCGUUCUUUGCAUGCAGUGGGAGUGAUUUUGAGGAGGUGUAUGUGGGUCUUGGGGCUAAGAGAGUGCGGGAGCUCUUUCGUGUAGCAAAGAAGCGAUCUCCUUGCAUAAUAUUCAUUGAUGAGAUUGACGCCGUUGCUGGGAGCAGACACGCAUCAGACCCGUCGUGGACGAGGCAGACCAUGAACCAGCUGCUUUCUGAGAUGGAUAGCUUCAGGCAGAAUGAAGGGAUAAUCGUGAUCGCAGCGACCAACUUCCCGGAGUCACUAGAUAAAGCCAUCGUUAGGCCUGGGCGUCUUGACCGUCAAAUUCACGUUCCUACACCGGAUGUUGAGGGCCGACGGCAGAUCCUUGAGGCUUACAUGUUAAAGGUGCAUAAAGCUGAGGGUGUGGAUGCGAUGAUCAUUGCAAGGGGGACGCCUGGGUUCUCAGGUGCAAACCUUGCAAAUCUAGUGAACGACGCCGCUCUCAAGGCUUCCAGGGAUGGAGCAGAUGCUGUUGGGAUGGAUCACCUCGAGUACGCCAAGGACAGAAUCAUCAUGGGCAGCGAGCGCAAAUCAGCGGUGAUAUCUGAUCAUUCCAGGAAGAUAACUGCGUACCAUGAGGGAGGGCACGCCCUUGUUGCUAUCCUCACGGACGGUGCUGACCCUGUCCACAAGGCCACAAUUAUGCCUAGGGGAAAUGCUCUCGGCAUGGUGACACAACUGCCAGGGGAAGACAGCGAACUGGAACUCUCGAGGAAGCAGAUGCUGGCAAGGCUGGAUGUCCUCAUGGGAGGGCAGGUGGCCGAGGAGCUUAUAUUUGGAGAAACCGGGAUCACAACUGGUGCCUCAUCUGACCUGAGCAAAGCGACUAAAUUGGCGAAAGACAUGGUCACAAGAUAUGGUAUGAGCAAGCGGGUCGGCCUUGUUUCCUACAGCAACGACGGCGAUGGUGGUGAUGGAAAGACGACGGCCCUGGUUGAUGAGGAGAUGAAAGCUUUAUUGGAUAACACUUACGAGAAUGCGAAAACGAUUCUCACGGAGCACAACAAGGAGUUUCAUGCGCUAGCAAAUGCCCUGCUGAAGCAUGGAACUCUCACUGGCGACGAGAUCAUGAAACUAGUAUUUACAGAACAACAAGCAGAUGGUCGCAACAAUAGCCAGCAGAAUCAGCUUCAAGGGGAGCAAUCGAAAACCACCACAAUGGAAUAUGAAAGGCUAAUACCUCCUAGUCCAGAUGCUGGUUGGUUCACAGUAGACGAGGAAGAGGUCGCCGCCAGGGUUGAGCCCAUCACUUCGUUCGUCGCUUCUGGACUCCGCGACCCGGGAAUCUUCCUCAUCUGA